CCGGCUCGCAGCCGGGAGCUGGGCGCGGGGCGCGGCGCCGGCGGGGACGCGGGUUCGGGGCCGCCGCUCGCCGCUCGCCAUGGCCCGGCGGAGCUCGCUCUCCAUCCGCGUCGUGGAGGGCAGGAACCUGCCCGCCAAGGACAUCACGGGGAGCAGCGACCCGUACUGCAUCGUGAAGAUCGACAACGAGGCCAUCGUCAGGACCGCCACGGUGUGGAAGACGCUGUCGCCGUUCUGGGGGGAGGAGUACGAGGUGCAUCUGCAGCCCAGCUUUCACAGCGUCUCCUUCUACGUCAUGGAUGAGGACGCGCUCAGCCGCGAUGACGUUAUCGGGAAAGUCUGCCUCACGCGGGACAUGCUGGCGGAGCACCCCAAGGGCUUCAGCGGCUGGCUGAGCCUCAGCGAGGUGGACCCCGACGAGGAGGUGCAGGGGGAGAUCCACCUCCGCCUCGAGGUGCUGCAGAGCGAGGCCGGCCGGCGGCUCUGCUGCACAGUGCUCGAGGCCAGGGAUUUGGCUCGGAAAGACCGGAACGGCGCCUCGGACCCCUUCGUCAGGGUGCGCUACAACGGGAAGACGCAGGAGAGCGCCGUGGUGAAGAAAUCCUGCUACCCACGCUGGAACGAGACCUUCGAGUUCGAGGUGCCCGAGGCCGCCGGGGAGCAGCUGUGCGUGGAGGUGUGGGACUGGGACCUGGUCAGCCGGAACGACUUCCUGGGCAAGGUGGUGUUCAACGUGCCGGGGCUGCAGGCGGUCUGGCAGGAGGAGGGCUGGUUCCGGCUGUGGCCGGACAAGUCUAAGCCGAGGGAGGCCGAAGGCAACCUGGGAUCCCUGCAGCUGCAGGUGCGGCUGCGGGACGAGACAGUGCUGCCCUCCAGCUGCUACCAGCCCCUGGUCCAGCUGCUGUGCCAGGAGGUGAAGUCGGGGCCCCAGGACGGCAAAGUGCACCUGAUCACCCUCCUCGAUGAAACCACCACGGCCGAGUGCCGGCAGGAGGUGGCCGUCAACCUGGUCAAGCUCUUCCUGGGCCAGGGGCUGGUCAAGGAGUUCCUGGACCUGCUCUUCAAGCUGGAGCUGGCGAAGCCGUGUGAGCCCAACACUCUCUUCCGGAGCAACUCCCUGGCCUCCAAGUCAAUGGAGUCCUUCCUCAAGGUGGCCGGGAUGCAGUACCUGCACGCCGUCCUCGGGCCCACCAUCAACCGGCUGUUUGAGGAGAAGAAGUACGUGGAGCUGGACCCCAGCAAGGUGGAGAUUAAAGAUGUCGGGUGCUCGGGGCUGCACCGCGUGCAGACGGAGAGCGAGGUGAUCGAGCAGAGCCGCCAGCACCUCCAGUCCUACCUGGGCGAGCUCCUGGCCGCCAUCGCCAAGUCGGCCCCGGCCUGCCCUGCCGUCGUCCGCGCCACUUUCCGCCAGCUCUUCCGGCGCGUCGGGGAGCGCUUCCCCGAGCAGCAGCACCAGAACGUGAAGUUCAUCGCUGUCACCAGCUUCCUCUGCCUCCGCUUCUUCUCACCAGCCAUCAUGACCCCCAAACUCUUCCACCUCCGGGAGAAACACGCUGACUCCCGCACCAGCCGCACGCUGCUUCUCCUGGCCAAGGCCGUCCAGAUCGUGGGGAACAUGGAGGCGGCGGUGGGGCGGGCCAAGGAGGCCUGGCUGGCCCCACUGCAGCCCGUGCUGCAGCGUGGCAUCGCCCAGAUGAAGGACUUCAUCGCUGAGCUGGUGGGCAUCGAGGAGAAGGAAGAGCUGGACCUGCAGAACGCCCUCACCCUGCAAACGCUGGUCGUCAAGGAGGGCCCGCUCUUCAUCCACAAAACCAGGGGCAAGGGGCCGCUGCUCUCCUCCUCCUCCAAGAAGCUGCACUUCUCCCUCACCAGCGAGGCCCUCAGCUUUGCCAAGACCCCCAGCUCUAAGCAGAAGGGCGGCUUCAUCGCGCUGUCCAACAUCCGGGCGGCCGAGAAGGUGGAGGAGAAGAGCUUCGGCAGCUCCCACGUGAUGCAGAUCAUCUACGUGGACGAGGCGGGGCAGUGGGAGACGGCGUACCUGCAGUGCAAGUGCGUCAACGAGCUGAACCAGUGGCUCUCGGCCCUGCGCAAGGCCUGUGCCAACAACCCCGAGAUGCUCUGCUCCUACCACCCCGGCGUCUUCAGAGGGGACAAGUGGAGCUGCUGUCACCAGAAGGACAAGACGGGGCUGGGCUGCGACGCCACCCGCCACGGCGUCACCCUGCAGGAGUGGAGCGACCCGCUGGACCCCGACAUGGAGGCGCAGCUCAUCUUCCGCCACCUCUGCGGCCUGCGGGAGCCCAUGAGGGACAAGUACCGGGAGCUGGUGGAGACCGAGGACCCCCCCAACGGUCCCCUGAGCCCCCCUGAAGAGGCGCCGCUGCCCGAGGGGCUGGGCCGGCUCCUGGCGGUGCUGCGGGACCUGGAGGACUGCCACCGCCGUGCCCGCCCCGGCCCCCCACCCGCCCCGCGCCCGCUCCUGGAGCUGCAGACGUGAGGGGCCCCGCGCCCGGGGCGCCCCGUGCCCUCGCCAACGGGGGGGACACGGGGCGGCCCUGCCCCACGCCGCCGCCGCCGGGCAAUAAAGGCUCCUUGCACCCUG